AUGACUACACUGUCGUUUACAUCAUCGAUAACUGACCAAGUACGGCUAAAUCUCAUACACUACAAUCUAUGGACUCAAGUCAAACUGCACAACGAAUAUAUACUAAGUGGCUUACCACAAACAAAAUUAGUCGCAACUGACCCCAACACCAAACGUGAAUGGAUUGUAUGCAAACGAUUGAAUGAAAAUAGUAAAUUGAAAGUAAAGGAAAUCAAUUCAUGGUUUGAAGAAAUAAAGCACUUCACAAGUGGGGUAGAGGAGAAUGGUGGAGAUAUAAAGCAAAACAUUGAUUCUCAACUGGAUGUUCAAAGUAAAGAUGAUUUGCAAAGUCUAGGCAUAAACGGCAACACUAACGAACUGGAUAAUGGCGAUCGAAAUGCUGUUUCAAGUGAACCGAAUAGCAACAGAUUAUCCCAUAGCAACUAUUUCAGCCCUUCCUCCCCUUUCUCUAAAUGGAAGCCCAUUGACAAGACCACAAAUGGCAAAGGAAGAGUAGAUAGGAUAACAAUAGCAUUGAUCAACGAUGAUGGUACAAUAGUUUAUUACUUUAUACAUGAUGGAAUCACCAAACCUCGUCAAAACUAA